AUGACGGCAGCGGCGAGGAGAGUGAUGGUGGUGGCGGUGGUUAUGUUGGCGGGAGCAUUGAUAUGGGGGAAGGGAGUGGUGGUGGAGGGAUGCCCCACGGGGAGGGUGGACUCGGGGAAGCUGUCGGAAAAGUGCAGGGGGUUCGUGGGGUCGACGGGGCCGAUGGUGGCGCCGUCGAGGGAGUGCUGUGAUCUCAUGCACGCUCUCCCGCCGGCAUCUCUGCCAUGCUUCUGCUCCACCUUCUCCCGCUUCCCCUACACCCUCUUCAUCAGCGUCAAGAAAGCCUUCUUCGUCGUCCAGUCCUGCGGCAUCCCAGUCCCCCACGGCACUCGCUGCGGCAGUUACACAGUUCCGUGA